UUCACCUCAGAAGUUUGUAUUUAAGGUUACCUAUCUGUUCGUUGACUCUCGCUGAAAUGAAGCUGUUGCUGGUAUUAAGCCUGGCCAUAAUGGUUGCCUAUGUGGCGGGUGCUAAUGACACCAGCUACGACUACGACUACUCCGAUGAAGAUUAUUCUUAUUAUGAUGAUGAUUCAUCCACACCCACCGAUUCUGGUUCAGUACAGGACAGCAGUGAUGACACUUCAGAUGGAGAUGAAACUUCAGAUGAAGUUUCCCCGGAAAGUUCUGAAGAUAGUGCCUCGGAGGACAACUCCUCCACCGGUGAGGCCGCCAAGUCACCUUCAUCCAAGGCAAACAAUGCCAAGAAAAACGCAGCUCGACGGAAUAGGCGGCGCAGGCGCACCACCGUAGCUCCAAGAAGAACCACCGCUGCUCCCCAACGUAAGAAAGCCGCUGCCAAAAGGCAAACACCUGUAGCCGCCAAGAAGAAUACACCUGUGGCCGCCAAGAAGAAUUCACCUGUGGUCGCCAAGAAGAAGACCAAUGCUGCCACCAAUAAACGGAGGCGCACCGGUUAACCAGAAGAAUUCCAUUCAAAGCUAUAAUGUUGUUACAGUUUAAAAGAAAUGUAAACCGAACUAAUAAA